ACGGCCAACGACGCUCAGCAGGUAUUUAGAGGUUGGUAUCUAUAUUGGACUUGAUCUUGGAAAAUCAAAAACCAUAGGUAGCAAGAAUUAGGCGCACCACGAUAUCAUCACUUUUUCUUUACAAUUUUCACUCCUGCAUACCACUCAAUUCCAGAUAUAGCCUUUUCUCUUGGCGGGGGCGAUCUGAUAUAGUUCAGGCCUUCACUUUCCCCUCUCGAUUAGUCCAUAGAUUGCCCAAACCCUCAAUUGGCUCCGAGAUGGCUACCUCAAGCAAGUCAGACAGGCUGGCCAACGAUAACCCGCCCAGCGACUCAGAGUCAGACGACUCGAGAGAUGAGGAGGGAUGGAACGACGUUGAAGAAGACGAAGAAGAAACGCCCGAGGUCAUCUCACUGCUCGAUGAUCGUGUAUUUCCCGAUGUCAUCUCCAUGUUGGCGCAUUGCAAGGAAAAGCAUAACUUCGAUUUCUUAGCUGUGAGACAGAAACUACAACUCGAUUUCCACGGCUGCGUGAAACUUGUGAAUUUUAUUCGUCAACGAGUGCAUGAAGGCCUUCCGGUGAGCGAGAGCAUAUCACUCGCCGACAUCGACGACGAUGCAUACCUGAAGCCCGUGCUAGACGACGAUGCAGUGAUAAUUGGUCUUUUCGACCUACCAGAGCUGUCUGUCCCGGGCGCCAUUCAACCCGGCCAGGAUAGCGACAAUGCAGUGCUUGUCAAUGAUCUAUUGAAGCGCAACGCAGAACUCCAAGAGCAACUUGCCAGCGUCAUGCUGCAACAUGAGAAUUACCGGGCAGCAGUAUCCAAGACAUUAGAUGCACGCUGGGGCGAGACGGGGGCUGACGAUAACGCAAAGACAGCCGACGAUGCUGCCGGUAAGGGAAAGGGCAAGGAUAGUGCAGAUGAGAAGGAGGACGAGUCAAAGUACUACUGGGAGUCAUAUGCUGGGGUUGAUAUCCACGAGACGAUGCUCAAGGACACGGUGCGCACUGAUGCGUACCGCGAUUUCAUCUACAAUAACAAGCACCUAUUCGCAGGCAAGACAGUCCUCGACAUAGGAUGCGGUACAGGAAUUCUUAGCAUGUUCUGUGCCCGUGCUGGCGCAGCUCGGGUGAUAGCGGUGGAUGCCAGUGACAUCAUCCUCAAGGCGCGCGAGAAUAUAUACCGCGCAGGUCUCGCGGAUACCAUCACCACGCUCCAUGGCAAGAUGGAAGAAGUCACGCUACCAGUAGACCAAGUCGACAUCAUUGUGAGCGAGUGGAUGGGUUACUGUCUGCUGUUCGAGGCCAUGCUUCCAUCCGUUCUCUACGCGCGCGACAAGUAUUUGGCACCUGGCGGCCUCAUGGUCCCCUCGCACACCAACAUGUGGGUCGCGCCUGUGUCAGACCCUGUGUGGGUGUCCGAGAACGGCGAGACUUUCUGGGCAGAUGUCUAUGGCUUCGACAUGAGCGCCAUGGCGAAGGGUAUCUACGACGAGGCGCGCGUGCUGCAUUGGCCCGGGGAUAAAGUCUGCGGCACAUCGAGCGCGUUCAAGAUGCUCGACCUGUACACGACGACUGCCGCUGAUCUCUCCUUCACCGCGCCGUACGCCUCUAAACUUACCGAAGAUGUCGACGCCCUAGACGGAUUCCUGAUCUGGUUCGAUACGUUCUUCUCGCCCACGGCCCCUUUCUCAGGGCAGAACAAGGAGCCAGACAAACACAGUGUCCCAGACAACGCCGUAGCCACAGAGUGGAUCUUGGACAGUCACGGAAAACGGGACCAAGACCGCGUCGCCUUCACCACGGGGCCGUUUGGCGGGGCGGAGACGCACUGGAAGCAGGGACUGCUCCUCUGCGAUCCCCAUCUAGGCGAGAAGAAGGGGGAUGAGAAGAGCAAGGGAGAUAAUGCCAAUGCUGCAGAGACACAACAACAGCAGAAGAAGAACGGCGAGGAAGUACGUGGCGAGAUCACGUUCUCGGUGGCCGAGGACAACGCCCGAGCGCUCGUCAUCAAGGCGACGUGGGAUGCGGGAAGGACGCAGCAGAGCUGGGCACUGCGGUAGAUGAUAGGAUCGUUAUUCAUCACCACGACUAGAAAACCAGAGAUAGGCACUGAUAGCUCAGUGGUAGAGCAGUCGGCUGCAGUUCUCUCCCUCAGGGGAAUACAUCCGGCGGGUCCUCGGUUCAAUCCCGGGUCAGUGCUAUUGAUUUUGCUCCUCUUUCCUCUUCUACAGCUGAUAUAAAGAUUUUUACACAAUAGUCUAUAAAUCCUAAAUCGGUAUGAUAAAAUUACAUAGACUGUAGAUCAUUAUUAUAUUAAAUCGUCGUUGGGUAGUUGAGUAAAACCGAUCAUUUUAUCCUAUUCCACCUUUGAUGGCUCGUUUUAAAAGACUGACUUGUUGAAGUUACACAAAUAGUUGGUUUCAGGUUAUCCGGAAUGGUGUAGAUAAGACGAGCCAAUAUUAAUGAUCUAUAUCCGUAGGUAGGUAUUGUAACUUGUUGCAC